AUGUCUGAAGAAGAAGUAAUUGAGGAGAUACUGGAAGAUGAUGACUCCAAGCCCAAACCAAAGGCAUUUGCUCCAGCUAUAACUGUGCCAAAGAUACCAGAGGGAGACAAAGUCGACUUCGAUGACAUCCACAGGAAGCGUCAGGAGAAGGAUCUGACCGAGCUGCAGUCUCUGAUCGAGGCUCACUUCAUUCAGAGGAAAAACGACGAGCAGGAGCUCGUCGCUCUCGUUAACAGGAUCGAGAAGCGUCGUACCGAGAGGGCUGAACAGCAGAGGAUCCGGGCUGAGCAGGAGAAGGAAAGGCAGGCUCGUGUUGCUGAAGAAAAGGAGAGGAAGGAGCUGGAGGAGGCACGUAAGAAGCAUGAUGAUGACGCCAAGAAGAAGAAGGCUCUGACAAACAGGACUCAGCAGUACGGUGGUGUCCAACAGAGGCAAGACGGAAAGAAGGGAGCGAAAAAGCAGACAGAGAGAGAGAAGAAAAAGAAGAUCUUGGCAGAUAGGAGGAAGACUCUUAACAUUGAGCAUCUCAAUGAGGACAAAGUAAAGGAGAAGGCUAGUGAGUUGUGGCAGUGGCUGAUGACGCUGGAGGCCGAGAAGUUUGACCUCAGCGAGAAACUGAAAAAACAGAAAUAUGAGAUCAAUGUACUCCAGUCCCGAAUCAAUGAGCAGCAGAAGUUCGCCAAAGGAAGAGGCAAGGGUAAGGGCAGAAUGAGAUAGAAGCAGACAUCAGCAAGAGCUCUCCAAGGAAAC